ACAGAUGGCGGGAAGAAUCAUCAUCUCUCAUGAUGACCAGUGGGAUCCAGACUAUUACAGGCUCCAUCCCCUCGUCUGUCACCUGUGUCAUGAGCAAUACAGCCAACCAUGUCUUCUGGACUGUUACCACAUCUUCUGUGCCAGCUGCCUGCGUGGCAGAGCCAAUGACAAUCACCUCAACUGCCCCCGGGGACUAAAGUGUGCAAACUGUGAUAUGGAAUGCAAAGCACAGGAUGCUGGAGUGGUGUAUUAGUGUAACACCUGCAGCCAGCCACUGUGUGGAGAGUGCAGAGAGCUCACACACAAAGCUAGGAUGUUUUCCCAUGAUAUUGUGUCCCUGGCCAAACGCACCAAAGAAGGGUUUACGCUCCAUAAAGAGCUGUACAUCAUGUUUUCGACAGAGAAAAAGUCCAUGCUGUGCGUCAAGUGUUUCAGAGACAUGCCAAAUGAGAAUCGCACCCACUGCGUUGACAUUGAGACUGCAAAUGGGCAGGGAUGUGAAAUACUGGAUAAAGCUGUUCUGGAGGUGAAGCAGCUGCAGAUGUCAAUGCGAGAGGCCAUCAUUUUGCUGAAGGCCUUUGGUGAAGUGUGAACAAAUGCAGAAGAGGAGGAAAGUGCUAUCUGUACUCAGUUCAACAGCAUUCAGGAAAAACUUUUAGAGAGAAAAAAGGACUUUGUAAAAGCUGCGGAAAGUCAACAUGAAGAGAAGGAGAAGGCACUAAGGAACAACUUUCUCACUUCCACCCUCCUGCCCAUACUUCAGGUGCACCUGGUCACCUGCUCCGCUUUUCUCGGCUCAGCCAAUAAGUAUGAGUUCUUAGAUAUGGGAUAUCAGUUGAUGGACAGACUGUGUAGCAUUGUAACGCUACCUCACAAGUUCCACCCUGUCCAGAGUAGCAAGAUAAACACAGACUACCAUGCUGAGUUUGCCCUCUGUCUGGAGCCUCUUCUGAUGAUGGGCCAGCGGAGUGACUGGAGAAUGUUAGGAUCUCUCAUUUCCUUUCACAGGCUGUCAGCUCUGUCUAUGUCUUGUCCGUCACCGUCUCUCAGUGACAUGCCUUUUGGCCGCAGGCCCACCUUUCACAGAUACAUUUGUACCAAGGUGCUGCUGGCGGAGGGCAGAGAGUCACCCUUUACCGAGCACUGCCGCAACUUUGAGAAGAGCUACAGGGUUCUUCAAACAGAAGUCCAGAGGUUGAAGGAUGAGGUUCAGAGGAUGCACAUAGACCUGACAAAACAUCACUCUCUCAUCAACAUGGACACCAUGGAUAAGAUCCUGGAAAGGUCUCUAGUCAUUGAUGAACAGAUCGCGUCUCAGUACUCUGCCGUGCAGACCCAGAGGGCCGUAUUUCAGGAGAUAUGGGAGGUGACCUUUCAAAGAGUAACCAAUGAGGAAGAGAUCUAUGAAGCACAGCUUCAUGACCUUCUGCAGCUGAAGCAAGAAAAUUCCUACUUGACAACCAUUACACGACAAAUUGGACCCUACAUCUUAUCCAUAGCAAAAGUGAAAGAGCGCCUGGAACCCAGGUUUCAAAAGCCUAAGGAUGAUUGCAUGGACACCAUAAAAUCUGUGAGGACAAUGCAAUGACUACUGAACAAUGCAGCUGCAAUAAGAAGAGUUGCUCAGCAGUCUAUGACAGGGACUCUCUUAUCCUGCCGCCCUGUGAGACACUAUAAAGAGCAGUGACUUCUGCUGGCAAGGAAAGCCAAUAAAUAUUUCAGAAACCUCUUGCUGCAAAGAGCUGCCACUAUAGAGCUGCAUGUGGCAUAGCUUUAAAGCAUGUGCUAGAUGUCAACACAUGAACAUGGGGCUUACCAGUAACCUCAAAAUAAUAAGGACAUGAAUGGAAUAUAUGUUUUGGUAUAUUUAUGGAAUGUUUUAAGUGUGUCAAAUCAAAUGGACCUUAGCUAUAAACCGUUUGCAUCGGAUGGCGCAAAAAUGUUUUACAGA